AUGAACGGCCGUGAUCGUCCCCGUCCACCGGCGACGAAUGAUGCGCGACGCGGAGCUGAUCCUCGCAAUGGCUCUGGCUCCGGUUCCGGGGAUGGAUCCAUGUCCAGAGCCGAGAAGUUCGAGGACGAGAAGAAGCGCAUCAUUCAAAGUUGCUACUCUAAGAAGGAUAAUGAUGGAACUUUGAUUGAAUCUUAUAUUACGCACGUCCGCAUCACGGAAGAUGCGGCGCACCCCUCAACCCCUGCCCCACCGGACUCAGCUCCGGGGAACAAGAAACCUCGCGUUAUUAUAGUAUCCGUUCGAAGAUCAGGUCGUGUUCGAAUGCACAAAGCCCGUGAGAAUAAUGAUGGCACCUUCUCCAUUGGAAAGACGUGGAUGCUGGACGAUCUUACGGGGAUUCAGUCGUACAGCGCUUUUAUGCCAAAGUCACCAACCGAACAACAACAUAAGGACUGGGCAGGAAGUGUUGGAUUCGUUGUUAGCGUGGGAAAACCAUAUUACUGGCAUGCCAGAAGUUCCAAGGAAAAGGAGUUCUUCAUUGGCAGCUUGGUGAAGAUUUACAAGAAAUAUACUGGAGGCAAAGUACCGAAUCUCAUUGGGUUCGACGAGAGAGAAAGACAACUGCUUGUUGGCGGUACAGGUCCCUCAGCUCCUUCAGGCCCAGCUCCACCGGGCUCGCGGGGUGGUCCUGAGCCCUCGACGGAUAUUCCCUCCCCUCCUCAACACCCACCUCCGCCGCCAUCAUUUAGCCGCGAUCCGAGUCGCGAUGGAGCUCGGGAGGUUCGGCGAAGGCCCUCCGAGGACCCUGUUCUUCGGUCUCAAAAGAGCCGUGAGCAGAUGAGUCGUCCAUCUACUGCUUCAAAGCCGGCACCAUCACCUUUCGGCCCGCCUCAAAACCCACCGCCUAACGUGCCACUCCCGCGCGCGGAACCGAAAAGCAGGGAAGCAACAACAUUCCUGCAUACCGGCGAUGAGUCUAACCAGGGCCCUGCACAAGACGAAAUUCGUCCUCCAUCCUCUCGGGAGGGUCGCGCAGCAAUUCCACCCUCCCUUCUGGCGGCUCGAGCACCCGAACCAAGACCCUUGGAACCCAAGCGCAGCACAGACGCUCUACGCCCCACGACACCUGGGUCAUUCACCAGUGAAACCCGUGGUAUCACUGCAAGCCCUGGAAGCGGCAUUGGCCAGAAGUCUCCGUAUCGUGAUGCUCCUGAGAAACCGUCUGCAGUGGCCCAAGAACCUGCACCAGAAGCCAUUGCUGCCCCUACAGUCGCUCCGGAAAUACCCAAGCCUGCACCUCCACCCGAAGCAGAACCUCCAACUUCACCAUCAGUUGCAGAGCCUGAAGCAGUAGCAACUGCAGCCGGGGCCGAAGAAACAUCGAAAUCUCCACCAGCAGAAACCGGUGUCUCCAAAGAGGCGACUCCCACUAGUCCUACGAAGGCAGCCGAUGAAGAGACCGAGGCACAUCGCCCAGGGCUAGGCCCAAUGAUCAAGAAAAAAUCUGCAAAGGAUAUUGCAAGUGCUUUCCGCAAGGCUGCCACUACCUAUGGUGCCUUCAAACCACGUCCUGGCGGAGCUGGGGAGCGUCUCCUCGCAGCAGCAAAGAAGCAACAGGCCGAGGCUAUGGGCCCAGAUGGCAUCACUGGAGUUGUUCCCGCACCUUCCAGAUCUGCCAACGAUGCGUCGAAGACAUCUGUAGAUGAUACUGCAGAGCGAGAAGCAUCAGCAGCAUCUGUGCCACCCGCUACUAUUAGCCCGCAGCCCGUGACACCAACUGUUGAAGUCACGCAACAUCUAGGCGAGGAUUCUUUGCCUCCUUCAGAACCUGCACCCGCAGCGACGGAAUCGAAAGAUUCCCUGUCAGAACUCACAAAAGUGGACAGCCGUACCAGAAGUCCAUCCCCCGGUGCCCAGAGUCGCCGUCGGAAACGCCGUGAAGAUCACACCAUCAAAUACUGCCAGUCUCUUGGGAUUGACCCCAGUGUUCUGGAUGGACGGGGUAUUGACUUUGAUGAUAUUUUGACGGAUUUGGGAUGGAACGGCCGACUGGGUGACGAGCAGAAGAUCGAAGAUUUGGAAGCAGACGUCCGUCGGGAGAUUGGCCGCGUUGAAGCAACCAGCUGGCUGGGUAACCUUGAACAGCAAGAAGGCAAGGUAGAGCAACUGGCUGUCCUGAUCGACAAAACCAUUGAAGAGUGUGAGGAGCUGGAUGGCUUGCUCACGCUCUACUCGCAUGAAUUGAACACUCUACAUGAUGAUGUUGCAUACAUUGAAGCUCAAUCUCAAGGUUUGCAGGUGCAGACUGCCAACCAGAAGCUUCUUCAGAACGAGUUGCAAACUCUCCUCAAAACUCUCUCGAUUUCUCCAUCCGAUAUCCGUCCCCUCAGAGAGGCCUCUUUGACCAACCCCGAUGGAUUGAAGGAGACUGAGACUGCGCUCUCGACACUAUACAAGGCGAUGCUGAUGAUUGAUGCUGAUAUUGGGCAAAACAAGAAGAGGCAGGCCGACGCCAGCGUGGGCGUUUAUGCAAAUACCGAGAUUGGCCAAAUGCGUGCAAUCAAGGAGAGAAAGGGCGAGUAUCGCCAAGCCGCCUUGACAUUCCUUCAGCGUCUGAAACCAUUCAUGGCCGUCGCCUUGAAGACAGCGGAACAGAAAGGGGCGGAUGCCGCUGUUGGCUCACCCAAAGACCCCAUGAAGCUGGACGGCUCUGCCCGACAGAAAUUCCGCGAAGAAGUAUGGAGAUAUAAUCCGUUGAUGCUUUUUGCAAAGGAAGUCAGUACGUCGGAAUGGCACGACCUAGUUCAGCUGUACGAGCAGCAAUCCAAGCCGUCUUACCAGAAUGACUUCCGCGACAACACGCUGGCGUGGAAGAAGGCAGCUCGCAAGCCUACUGGAGAGGAGCAGGAACUCCUCUUCACGCACCAAGAGAAAGAGAAAGAAGGCGAGGGCAUCACAAUGGCUGCUCGUAAGCUGACCGUUCGUCGCGGCAAGACCAUCCGAGCUGCAACUGGUCUGCGCUUGGCUUCGAGCGAGAAGAAACCCACAAGCAAGGUCGAACCGUGCGAGGCAUUCGCAUCAGGUCUACGAGAGACAUUGCAUAUGAUUACCGACGAGCAGAACUUUGUUGUUCAGUUCUUCCACCUCGACUCUCUUGCUACUGCCGACUUUUCGGACCUGGUGGCUGCUGCAAGCCCAGAAGGUCGCCAAUGCCCCGACUUCACCGUUAAACACUCCCCUGAUCCCGACCGCCAGAUGGCGAAGCGUGUCGAGCAGAUUAUGGAUGAAAUUUAUGCUUUCUGGCCUAACGACCUGCAGAGCAUGGUGGAUUGGGCGGUGCAAGCUGAUCCAAUGCAAGGGAUUGGCAUCCUGUUCGCUCUCGAGUCAGCUAUGACUGAACUCGACGACACUAAUCAAGAAUUCAUCACUCACUCUCUGCAGAAGGUCCACUCGCGAUUGAUGGGCUUGUUCAAUCGGUUCGUGGAUGAACAGAUCCGUGGUAUUGAGGAUACGAAGGUCAAAGUCAACAAGCGAAAAGGUGUCAUUUCCUUCAUGCGAAUCUUCCCCAAUUUCUCCACGGCUGUUGAAAACAUGCUGGCCAACACGGUUGCCGAGACUUGUGACAUCCGUGUAAGUGUGAAUGAUGCAUACGACCGCAUCAACCGGGCCAUCGCUGGAGAUCCCGAGGACAAAGAGGUCCUCAACUACCACAUUUUGCUUAUUGAGAAUAUGAACCACUACGUCGAGGAGGUUGAUGUACACAGCCUGCCAGUGCUCGAACGCUGGGGGGACCGAGCACGCCAAGACUUUGACGAGCACAUGAAACUGUAUCUCGACGCCGUCAUCCAUCGUCCCCUGGGCAAGUUGCUUGACUUUAUCCAGUCCGUCGAAACCCUGCAGGCCAAUGGCAACCCGGGAGAGAUUGCAACGCGUGCCAGCCACUCCCGCAUGGUGGCUAAGAAGGUGCUCUCCUCGUAUGACGCCAAGGAAGUCAAGCGUGGCGUGGAGAUGCUCAAGAAGCGAGUUGAGAAACACUUUGGCGAUGCCGACGACCCUGGUCUUAGCCGCAGCCUGGUGCUCAAGGUGCUCCGUGAAUGCGAGCUUCGCUAUGAGAAUGCAUGGGACCGUACUCGGCACAUUAUCGAUACGGUGUACGAGGGACAGCUGGAGAUGGAUUGGCGCAAGGAGGAUGCCGUGACCAUGUUCCGGAAAUGA